AUGUCGUCCACGAUCGUCGGGUCAGACACGGACAACUCCCCCAUCUAUUUCUGGCGCGAAUACGACGAGCCGUACGGCUUUCUCUCGCAAUGGUACGACUGCGCAUUCCACCAUGGCACCAUCACCUACCGCACCGCCGAGAUGUGGAUGAUGGCGCAGAAGGCGAAUCUCUUCGGUGACACGGACAUCGCCCGUCAGAUCCUCGCGGCUCCCACGCCCGCCAAGCAGAAGAGUCUGGGGAGAAAGGUCAAGAAUUUCGACCGCAAAGUAUGGGAUGAGAACAAGCUCCGCAUCGUCGAGGAGGGCAACUGGUGGAAGUUCACCAGCAGCAAGGAGGCUGCUCGGCUGGCAGACAUGCUGCUGGCCACAGGAGACCGGGAGUUGGUCGAGGCUUCUCCGUACGACCGCAUCUGGGGCAUAGGCUUCGCCCGCGAGCACGCAGACCAUGUCCGGGACGACUGGGGCGAAAAUCUCCUGGGCAAGGCUCUCAUGAAGGUGCGGACGCGCUUGAGGGACAGCAGGGAGGGUCACAGCGCCAGCACUGAGCGUCCAAGCUAG